AUGUCUCUCGAGCUGCUGAAAUGGAUUAUGCUCGGAGUGAUGGCACUGAUGACUAUUUUUUUUGGCUUGUUGCCAAUUAAAUUAAUCGACUUUUUGAACAAUACUCAAUCGUCUAUCCAUAAGCAUUCUUCACUUAUUCUUUCUCUAUUUUCUUGUUUUGCUGGCGGUGUUUUCCUGUCUGUAUGCUUCUUGGACAUGCUCCCAGAUUCAUUAGAAGCAUGGGAAGAUGUGAAAACUGACACUGGCUACCAAAGUGACUAUCCAUUUGUCCAACUAAUUGCUCUUUGUGGAUUCUUUUUUGUCUAUCUAACAGAAGAGUUAUCCAGUAUAAUCUGCAAUGUGGGUCAUGGUCAUUCGCAUUCAAAUGUCCCAGUUAUGGACUCAAAUGUCACAUUUCCCCGUGCCCGUCUUGCUACAGUAGGAAGUAUUUUUAACGUCGAAGGAAAUUUGGUGCAACCAUGCAAACGAUCUCUCCAGGACUACGAUGAAGACGGAGAAGGACCAGUUCGUCAGUCGAUCAUCUUCACAUCCGCAUUUCUUCUUCAUGUUUUCUUUGAAUGUUUCGCAUUUGGAGUUCAAGAAGAUACAGUAUCCGUCACCUCUCUUUUUCUUGGAAUCGCACUUCACAAAGCGAUUGUGAUGUUUUCUUUGGGAAUGAAAUUGACCAGAACUCAUCCAAGACGUCGUUAUAUUGUGGUUAUUCUGAUUCUAGUGCUAGCCGCUUUCAACGUUAUUGGAGGAUCAUGUGGAAUUCUGAUCGAAAGUUCAAAUAUGAAUCAGACACCGAAAGAUAUCACAACUGCAGUUCUUAUGAGUUUCUCGUUGGGUACUUUCAUCUACAUCUCUUUCUUUGAGAUGCUGGCUCCAGAACGUGCCAACAACCAUUCCAAUAUUCUCCAAUGGAUCGCGAGUGUUUGUGGAUUUGCACUAUUGGCUGUUAACAUGAUCUGGGCUAACUGA